UUGCCUUCUGGACUGUGACGGGUCUCCACGUCCCACGCCGCGCCACUCCGUCGGUCUCCAGCCUCGUCAGCUCUACUCCAAAGGGCCCUGCACACCGGCCAUGUCGUCCUCCACCCGCGUAGCGCUGGUCACCGGGGCCAACAAGGGCCUCGGCUUUGCCAUCGUGCGUGACCUGUGUCGGCGGUUCCAGGGGGACGUGGUGCUCACAGCGCGGGACGAGGCGCGGGGUCGGGCGGCUGUGCAGCAGCUGCAGGUGGAGGGCCUGAGUCCCCGUUUCCACCAGCUGGACAUCACUGACCUGCAGAGCAUCCGCGCCCUGCGCGACUUCCUGCGCAAGGAGUACGGGGGCCUCGACGUGCUGGUCAACAACGCGGCCAUCGCCUUCGGGUUUAGUGAUCCCACGCCAACUCCAACUAAGGCAGAAGUGACCAUGAAAACAAAUUUUUUGGGGACCCGGGAUAUAUGCACAGAACUCCUGCCUCUAAUGAAACCCCAAGGCAGAGUGGUGAACAUGUCUAGUGGAUGGGGCUUCAAAGCUCUUGAAAGCUGCAGCCCUGAACUGCAGCAGAAAUUGAGAAGUGAGACCAUCGUGGAGGAGGAGCUGGUGGGGCUCAUGAACAAGUUUGUGGAAGACACAAAGAACGGGGUGCACAGGAAGGAGGGCUGGCCGGAUAAUAAUAUAUAUGGAGUGGCGAAAAUUGGCAUCACAGCCCUGUCCAGAAUCCAAGCCAGGAAACUGAGUGAGCAGAGAGGAGGAGACAAGAUCCUCCUGAAUGCCUGCUGCCCAGGGUGGGUGAGAACCGACAUGGGGGGAUCCAAAGCCCCCAAAAGCCUAGAAGAAGGAAUAGAGACCCCCGUGUACUUGGCCCUUCUGCCCUCGGAUGCCGAGGGGCCCCAUGGACAGUUUAUCCAUGAGAAAAAAGUUGCAAAAUGGCAAUUCAUGCCUGAGUUCUACCCAUAGGCCCCACUUGCUUACCUGUCCUGAUUAGACUAAGAAAACACAGUGUUCAAAAUAUCUCCUCAUAAAAAAUAUCAAGCAUACCUACCUCUAUGUAAAUUUCAAAGCCACUUUGAAAUGGCUACUGUUCUGUGAGAUCUUUUGUGAUUUCUUAUG